ACAGUCUAAAAACAAGCCCAACCAUCACCCUAUUCAAAACGGCGUCGUCUAGCAACAGCACGCUACGAUACUAGGGUUUCCUUUCGCUAUAUUUCGUUCAUGCUGUUAGUCGACACAAAGAGCUGAAAAGCCAGAGGAAUCUAAGAAAACACAGCUGCAAAAAUGGCUCCAAAACUAGGUGUGAAAUCCCCCGUGGCUGCAGCUAAGAAGAAAAUGGUUAGGAUUCAGAGACAGAAGAGGAUCCUCAAGCUGAGGCUUAAGGUCCCACCUGCUUUGAAUCAGUUCAUCAAGACAAGAAUCUUGGUACAAAUCCCAUUCACGUUCAAUUUAAGUUUUUGCACGUGUUAAGAUGAUGCAUCAAACUUGUUCAAGAUGCUUCUCAAUUACAGGCCUGAGGAUAAAGCUCCAAGGAAGGAGCAUCUAUUGAAAAAGGCUAAGAAGCCCAUUGUUGUUAAAUAUGGUCUUAACCAUGUCACCUAUCUUAUUGAGCAGAACAAAGCACAGCUUGUUAUUAUUGCUCAUGAUGUGGAUCCCAUAGAGUUGGUUGUCUGGCUGCUAGCUUUGUGCAGGAAGGUGGAGAUCCCGUACUGCAUUGUGAAGGGGAAAGCAUGCUUGGGAGUGGUAAUUGCCCGUUAUUUUGUAUUCUCAGAAUUUUUUAAGCAGAGUUAUGGAUGCAUGUUUGAUAGAUUGUUCAUAAGAAAUCUGCAUCAGUUUUGUGCUUCACAACUGUCAAGAGUGAAGAUAAGUUGGAAUUCAGCAGGAUCUUGGAAGCUAUCAAGGCCAACUUUAAUGACAAGUAUGAUUAGUACAGGAAGAAAUGGGGUGGUGGCAUCAUGGGUUCCAAAUCCCAGGCGAGAACCAAGGCCCAAGAGAAGUUGAUUGCCAGGGAAGCUGCCCACAGGAUGACCUAAGAGCUAAUCCAGAAUUCAUUUCCUGUUACUGGGGAUAAUAUCAUGGGAGGCUAUCAGCCUCUUUCAUUUUUGGUUAUUUUAAAGUAUUUCAUGAUAAAAGCAGUGUUUUUCUUAUCUUUAAAGGCAGUUUAUAAUUGAAUUUUUAUCCCGAUAAUGCUGUUUGAGGGUGAGUGGCUUUUAUUAUACGUGAAACUGCCGCCUUUAUUCAACAGCUGUUCAGGGUUAGACAUGACGCAACUGGCCCAUCAAUGAAUCAUUUUAUUACAGCUCAAUCAUGGUGUUGUAAUAUAAUUUUGUAUCCAUUUCUCACGGUCCUACCUCAUCUGAAUCUUUCGAUGGCAUUUAGCUUGCAUAAACGCCGAUGAGUUUAAACUGAUGGAUUUGCACUGGGUGAAUUUAAUAAAACCCAUGGAAGAACAAUGUUGUGCUUGAGAUUCUUUGUCAACUCAAUUUCUUUCUUUAUUUCUGGUUUCACACGAGGGUUUCCCCACUAGAACCUAAUACCUAAGAAUAUUUACUUUAACUGCAAAUCAUCGUUGAAAGUCAUAUUUUGGAAUCGAUUUGGGCUAUGGAUUCUUGAUUUCGGUUUUGUUGUUAUCCUUUCUGUCCUUUCAAACAUUGUUAUUGAAGAGGGGGAAGGAAAUCAUAUUCCAACUUAAAAAUUCUAAUUGGACCAGUUUUCACACCAUGCCAGGAUGGACCACUCUUAGA